GCUGACCCGCGGGCGCGUUGCGUUUUGAAUGGCUUCGAUCCCGGGCCCUCUGAGCAUCUGAGGAGCAGCCGCCCCGGGGUGCGCGAUGCCGUCUGGAGGAGACCAGUCGCCGCUGCCGCCGCCACCUCCGGCUGCGGCCGCCUCGGAUGAGGAGGAGGAGGACGACGGCGAGGCCGCGGAUGGCGCGCAGCUCGAAGGGUCCCCGGCCCCUCAUAUCCAGCAGCGGUUUGAGGAGCUGUGCAGCCGCCUUAACAUGGACGAGGCGGCGCGGGCCGAGGCCUGGGACAGCUACCGGAGCAUGAGCGAGAGCUACACGCUGGAGGGAAAUGAUCUUCACUGGUUAGCAUGUGCCUUAUAUGUGGCUUGCAGAAAAUCCGUUCCAACUGUAAGCAAAGGGACUGUUGAAGGAAACUAUGUGUCUUUGACUAGAAUCCUGCGAUGUUCCGAACAGAGCUUAAUUGAAUUUUUUAACAAGAUGAAGAAGUGGGAAGACAUGGCAAACCUACCCCCACACUUCAGAGAACGUACUGAAAGAUUAGAAAGAAACUUCACUGUUUCUGCUGUAAUUUUUAAGAAAUAUGAACCCAUUUUUCAAGAUAUUUUUAAGUAUCCCCAGGAGGAACAACCUCGUCAGCAAAGAGGAAGAAAACAGCGGCGACAGCCCUGUACCGUGUCUGAAAUUUUCCAUUUUUGUUGGGUGCUUUUUAUAUAUGCAAAAGGUAACUUCCCCAUGAUUAGUGAUGAUUUGGUCAAUUCUUACCAUCUUCUGCUGUGUGCAUUAGACUUAGUUUAUGGAAAUGCCCUACAGUGUUCCAAUCGUAAAGAACUUGUGAACCCUAAUUUUAAAGGCCUAUCUGAAGAUUUCCACCCCAAGGAUGCUAAACCUUCCUCUGACCCACCUUGUGUUAUUGAGAAGCUCUGUUCCUUACAUGAUGGUUUAGUUUUAGAAGCAAAGGGAAUAAAGGAACAUUUCUGGAAACCCUAUAUUAGGAAACUUUAUGAAAAAAAGCUCCUCAAGGGAAAAGAAGAAACUCUUACUGGGUUUCUAGAACCUGGGAACUUUGGAGAGAGUUUUAAAGCCAUCAGUAAGGCUUAUGAGGAAUAUGUUUUGUCUGUUGGGAAUUUGGAUGAACGGAUAUUUCUUGGCGAGGAUGCUGAGGAGGAAAUUGGGACUCUUUCACGGUGUCUGAAUGCUGCCUCAGGCACAGAGAGUGCUGAAAGAGCACAGGUGAAAACCAUAUUAUUGCAGCAACAUUUUGACAAGUCUAAAACAUUCAGAAUCUCCACACCACUUACUGGUGUGAGGUACAUGAAGGAGACCAGCCCUUGUUUGGCUUCCAUUUCCACACCUGCACAUAGCCUGUGUCGUCUGCAUACCAUGCUGACAGGCCUCAGGAAUGCACCGAGUGAGAAGCUGGAACAGAUACUCAGGACAUGUUCCCGAGAUCCAACACAAGCUAUUGCUAACCGUUUGAAAGAGAUGUAUGAAAUGUAUUCUCAGCAUUCCCAGCCAGAUGAGGAUGUUAGUAAUUGUGCUAAAGAUACUGCCAACAAACAUUUUCGUUUUGCAGAAAUACUAUACUAUAAAGUAUUAGAAUCUGUUAUUGAUCAGGAACAAAAAAGAUUGGGAGACAUGGAUUUAUCCGGUAUUCUGGAGCAAGAUGCAUUCCAUAGAUCACUUUUGGCCUGCUGCCUUGAGGUUGUCACUUUUUCUUAUAAGCCUCCUGGGAAUUUUCCACUUAUUGCUGAAAUAUUUGAUGUACCACUUUAUCAUUUUUAUAAGGUGAUAGAAGUAUUCAUUAGAGCAGAAGACGGUCUUUGUAGAGAAGUGGUAAAACACCUCAAUCAGAUUGAAGAACAAAUCUUAGAUCAUUUGGCAUGGAAACCAGAGUCCCCACUCUGGGAUAAAAUUAGAGAUAAUGAAAACAGAGUUCCUACCUGUGAAGAGGUCAUGCCACCUCAGAACCUGGAAAGAACAGAUGAAAUUUAUAUUCCUGGCUGUCCUCUGACUCCCAGAAGGGUGAGUGAAGUUCGUGCUGAUACAGGAGGACUUGGAAGAAGCAUACCAUCUCCAACCACACUGUAUGAUAGAUACAGUUCCCCAACAGUCAGUACUACCAGAAGGCGGCUAUUUGAGAAUGACAGUCCCUCUGAUGGAGGGACACCGGGACGCAUCCCUCCCCAGCCCCUAGUCAAUGCUGUCCCUGUGCAGAAUGUAUCUGGGGAGGCUGUUUCUAUGACACCAGUUCCUGGACAGACGCUGGUCACCAUGGCAACAGCCACUGUCACAGCCAACAAUGGACAAACAGUGACUAUUCCCGUACAAGGUAUUGCCAAUGAAAAUGGAGGGAUAACAUUCUUUCCAGUCCAAGUCAAUGUUGGGGGCCAGGCACAAGCUGUGACUGGCUCUAUCCAGCCCCUCAGUGCUCAAGCCCUGGCUGGAAGUCUGAGUUCUCAACAGGUGACAGGAACAGCUUUGCAAGUCCCUGGUCAGGUGGCCAUUCAGCAGAUUUCCCCAGGUGGACAACCGUACAAACAAGGACAGCCUUUAACCAGCAGCAGCAUUAGACCCAGGAAGACCAGUUCUUUGGCACUUUUCUUUAGAAAGGUUUACCAUUUAGCAGGUGUCCGCCUUCGGGAUCUUUGUGCAAAACUAGAUAUUUCAGAUGAAUUGAGGAAAAAAAUUUGGACCUGCUUUGAAUUCUCCAUAAUUCAGUGUCCUGAACUUAUGAUGGACAGACAUCUGGACCAGUUGUUAAUGUGUGCCAUUUAUGUGAUGGCAAAGGUCACAAAAGAAGACAAGUCGUUCCAGAACAUCAUGCGCUGCUACAGGACUCAGCCACAGGCCCGGAGCCAGGUGUAUAGAAGUGUUUUGAUAAAAGGGAAAAGAAAAAGAAGAAAUUCUGGCAGCAGUGACAGCAGAAGCCAUCAGAAUUCUCCAACAGAACUAAACAAAGACAGAGCCAGUAGAGACUCCAGUCCGGUCAUGAGGUCAAACAGCACCUUACCAGUUCCACAGCCAAGCAGUGCCCCUCCUACACCAACUCAGCUCACAGGUGCCAACAGUGACAUCGAAGAGGAGGAGAGAGGAGACCUCAUUCAAUUCUACAACAACAUCUACAUAAAACAACUUCAAACAUUUGCCAUGAAGUAUUCACAGGCAAACGUAAUGGAUGCUCCUCCCCUCUCUCCCUAUCCAUUUGUGAGAACAGGCUCCCCUCGCCGAAUACAGCUGUCCCAAAAUCAUCCUAUCUACAUUUCUCCACAUAAAAAUGAAGCAAUGCUUUCUCCUCGAGAGAAGAUUUUUUACUACUUCAGCAACAGUCCAUCAAAGAAACUGAGAGAAAUUAACAGUAUGAUACGGACAGGAGAGACUCCAACUAAAAAGAGAGGGAUUCUUUUGGAUGAUGGAAGCGAAUCACCUGCAAAAAGAAUUUGCCCAGAAAAUCAUUCGGCUUUAUUACGUCGUCUCCAAGAUGUAGCUAAUGACCGAGGUUCCCAUUGAGGUUAGUCUCCCGUAUGGAAACUGUCUUUUCACGAACUGUUUCACAGCAGCAUUUAAAGCAUACUGGAUUAUGGAGCCUUGUUCCUUAAUCCAACAAUUAAUUAGAGCCUGGCAGAAAAAAGAAGGUUCUGGCUGGGCAGGGUGGCACCUGCCUAUAAUCCCAGCACCCAAGAGAAUCAGGAAUUUAAGGCUAGCCUUCGGUAAUGAGACCCUGACUCAAAAACAAAACAAAAAGUGGAAGGGACUUCAAGGUGAGAAAUCAGACUUACUCCUUCCAGUAUCCUUAGGACAUUUUUAUUCAUCCCAAUUGCCUUUCCCCUAUGAUUUAAUGCUAACCUUCAACAUUUCUUAGAAUCCAAACGUGGGAUUUUUAACACUGGUAUACUUUUACAAGUACUGCAGAAAACAAGAUGUCAUAUAUAAAAAGCCUCUGUUGACAUGUUUCAGCAGAGGAAAUUAAUUUUAAAUUAAUUUCUACCUGCAUAUGGUCAGCUCCAGUCCUUACAAAAAGCAACACAAAACUUAGGUAUUUUUGUCCUAAAACAGAUGGAAGGGAGUAUAAUAAGACUUUCAGUCACUAGCCUAAGGUUCCUGUUCCUUUUGUGCACUUGUCCCCUUUCCCAGUAGGUGUGGCAAAGUGUGAAAGUUGUGCAAUAUUUGAAUGGACCUGUAUAAGUGGUGGCACUUUAAGGCUGUAAAAUGCAUGACUCUGUAACCCAGAUUUGCUGUAUAUCUAUGAUGGCACUUUCUACAGUGUAAACUUAUUAGGUAUAAGAUUUCUAGGUUAAGCAGCCAACAUUUUCUUUAAUGCUUUUAUACUUUUUAAGAGACUGUUAAUGCCUUAGUAGCUACCUUUUGGGCAUGUGUAGACUUCUCCAGUUUAUGGUGGUAAUGUUACAUAGUGAUCAGCUAGCUAAGCAAGAUUUUAAAAUCAAGUCAAAUUGAGGGCAUUGAUUUGAAAAAUUAUGACUGCUUCCUUUAGAAGUAUCUUUGGGUGUAUUCCUGGAAGUUAAAAAAAUAUGUUGGAGAAUUUAGGUUUUUAUUAGUACAUAGUACCAUUAUACAAAUUAGAAAAAUAUUUAACAGCUGUUGAAUUAUCUACAUAUAUCUUUAUUAAUCAUUAUUGUUCCAGUAGUUUUAACGUUGAAUUAAUAAUCUUAUUAGGGAGAAAAUUUAAUUGUAAAUUGAAUCAUAAACAAAGUUACUAGGUAACUUCAUAUUGCUCUAAAAGACAUAAUAGAAUUUAUACUAUUCAAUUAGAAUAG